CCACCUUUUAAGGUAAAACUCAACAUCUUAACUCAUAUCAUUGGUAUACCUAAGAAACAAAUUUAAUGCAAUCUGCAUCUUUUAUUACAAGUUGUCGAUAAAACGAAGGAAUAUGACAAAAUAUACAAGAGUGGGCCAUUACCAAGUGCAUAUGUGAAAGCUACGGGUUCCAAUGUUAGAGUAUAUCAGAGAGAAAUGUUAUCAUGGGUAGUUUCUUUAAAGUUCAAGAAAGCAGGUGGAACCAAAUGGGAGCAUAACUGCGGAGGUGUGAUUUUAAGCAACAUAUGGGUUGUUACAGCGGCUCAUUGCAUCACUGACAAAAGCCUUGAAUGCUGGAACAAAAAAGAGAAAAGGCUCACAUGCGAUAUGAAUAGAUGGAAAAUAACAGCGGGUGAAUGGAAGUUAAAUCGUAACAGCAAAACAGAACAGACUAGAGAUGUCGAACAUAUUGUUGUACACGACAAAUAUUAUGAGGGAAAUCAAGAGCACAAAAAUGAUAUU